UCCCUGUCUUCAUCUCUUCAACCGAUAACCAUUUACGACCGCCCUCACAAGUACGACUUGGGUACAGGGCUCUAUAACGGGUACCUUGCAAGAACCCUCGACCAACAGCUUAACCGAUCCCGCAACAGCGUUGGCAAACAAUUCCUUGAACGACCAGGACACCAAGAAAAGGAGAAGGGAAGGGGUUAAAUCAUGCUUUCGGGGAUCCUGCUGUUCAACCAAAAGGGCGAGAACUUGAUCUUUCGUCAGUUCCGGAACGACUGUCGGCCACGGCUAUCGGAUGUCUUUCGGAUUCAGGUCAUUUCUAAUGCUCAGGUGCGCUCACCAAUACUAACCUUGGGGUCAACAACAUUCUCGCACGUUAAACACGAGAACAUAUACUUGGUUGCCGUCACAAAAAGCAACGCCAACGCAGCGUUAGUCUUCGAGUUUCUGUAUCGGCUCAUCGCGCUGGGAAGGAGUUACUUUGGCAAAUUCGAUGAGGAGGCUGUGAAGAAUAACUUUGUGCUCAUUUAUGAGCUUCUCGAUGAGAUCCUAGAUUUUGGCUACCCGCAGAAUACGGAGACUGACACGUUGAAGAUGUAUAUCACAACGGAGGGAGUAAAGACAGAGAGGGCAAUCGAGGAUUCCACUAGAAUUACUAUGCAAGCUACCGGUGCGUUGUCAUGGAGGAGAGCGGAUGUGAAGUAUAGGAAGAAUGAAGCUUUUGUAGAUGUAAUAGAAGAUGUGAACCUGUUAAUGAGUGCGGGAGGAACCGUGUUACGAGCCGAUGUCUCCGGCCAAAUCAUCAUGCGCGCUUACCUGUCCGGGACUCCCGAAUGUAAAUUCGGUCUCAACGAUCGUCUUCUCCUCGACGGGGAUGGGCUCACGCGACCAUCAGGAAAUAAGUCUGGCACAAAAGCCACUCGGGCUGCGGCGGGAUCUGUGACGCUAGAGGAUUGCCAAUUUCACCAAUGUGUAAAGCUCGGCAAGUUCGACACGGACCGAAUCAUCUCGUUUGUUCCCCCGGACGGCGAAUUCGAGCUGAUGAGGUACCGGGCUACGGAGAAUGUCAACCUUCCCUUUAGAGUUCACGCGAUCGUAAAUGAGAUUGGCAAGACCAAAGUCGAGUAUCAAGUUGCUAUCCGUGCCAAUUACGGGACAAAGCUAUUCGCUACGAACGUGGUUGUGAGGGUACCUACGCCAUUGAACACCGCCGGCAUACAAACUAGGACAUCACAGGGGAAAGCCAAAUAUGAGCCCUCCGAGAAUCAUAUUGUCUGGAAGAUCCCUAGAUUUACGGGUCAGGCGGAAUACGUGCUCAGUGCAGAUGCAACACUGACAUCCAUGACGAACCAAAAGGCCUGGUCGAGACCGCCGUUGUCGCUCUCCUUUAGUCUGCUGAUGUUCACUAGCUCUGGCUUGCUAGUCCGCUACCUCAAAGUGUUCGAGAAGAGUAAUUACUCUAGUGUCAAGUGGGUCAGAUAUAUGACGAGAGCUGGAUCUUACGAAAUAAGGUUCUGAGCCUAAUGCGAAACAAAACACAAAAACAAAAAAAGUGAUAUUUGUUUUCUGCUGACUUUGUUCUUCGUUCUUGGUCCUUCCAUCCAUGGAUUACUCUAAUCUUGUGAACCUAUCCCUGAUAUAUUAUAUCUCGAGUAAAUUUUUCUUUUUCCUCCAUGCCCUCCUGACUUUUGCUCUUAUGAUAUCGGUGUAUGGCACUCGAUGGUAAAUUCAAUUCAG